GUAAAAUUUAGCUCCGGAAACUGGCGAGUUCUGUCCGCGCGCGCUACAGAUAUUUUUGCCUGCUUCUCUGAUUUUCGUAUGUUUCAGUUAGAGUACGCAUCUCCUUCGAACUACUUAGGUCUACGACUACGUGUUUCCCCUUAGCGAAACAGAAAUUUCAAGUGUUUCUGUCAAGCUGUAGAAGAUUUUUCUGUGUUUCGCGUAUUCAAAAUGCUCCCACCGUGUGGCCAGAAUACUUCACGUGUUACAGUGUGAUCUGUGCUCCUUGAACGUGUUUCGUGUGUUUUCCGUGUUCUCUGACAAUGCCGUAUCACUACUCCUACUUCUAUAGCAAGGCAGUCGCCGACAAUGACGGCAACGUACGGACCUACAACUUCCGCAAGGGUGACCCGCGGGUAGCAGACGCAGGACAGUCUGACGUGUUCUGGACUCGUGGUACUUACCGCCUGCUGUCGCGUCUGCUUAAAGGGGGAUGUUCGGGCUCAGGCGACGUGUUUCACCCUGCGCACGCCAUAUUCAGAAGCCGAGCCAUGGGGGAGUGCGACGAUGACCCAACGCAAGAGCAGGACGACCUUCUGAAGGACGGUCACGGGGGAAGGGGUGGGAGAGGCACGCCGGGAGACGUGUUCAUCAGGACUGCAAGCGAAAUCAAGAGGGUGCUGCCAUCGAUAUUCAACCUCAAAGUGCUCGGAGAGAAGGGCUCUGGCCUCAGGUCACGUGGAGAGGUACAGGACUUCUUCAAGAUCCGUGAUCGAUGCCUGGAGGAAGGAACUCUGUUUGAGGACCCUGAUUUCCCGGCAGUAGAUUCAUCGAUAUUCUUCAGCAAGACCCCGCCCCGACCAUUCGAAUGGAAGAGACCCAUUGAAAUUGCAGAUAACCCAGAGUUGUUCGUGGAGGGCGCCACCAGGUUCGAUGUACAGCAAGGGGAGCUUGGCGACUGCUGGCUGCUGGCAGCCGUUGCUAACCUCACUCUCAGCAAGGGAUUGUUCUCGCAAAUAGUUCCUGAUGAUCAAGGCUUUGGGGACAAAUAUGCUGGCAUAUUUCACUUCAGGUUCUGGCAAUAUGGACGCUGGGUGGAUGUCGUAAUAGAUGACCGACUGCCCACUUACUAUGGGAAACUGGUGUUCCUCCACUCAUCGGAGCACAAUGAAUUCUGGAGCGCUCUCCUUGAGAAGGCAUAUGCAAAGCUGCAUGGAUCGUAUGAGGCGUUGAAGGGGGGAACAACAUGCGAAGCAAUGGAGGACUUCACAGGGGGCGUGACAGAAAUGUACGAGCUGAAUCAAGCUCCUCCGAACCUCUACAGGAUAAUGCUGAAGGCAUAUGAACGCUCAUCUCUGAUGGGCUGUUCAAUUGAGCCUGAUCCAAAUGUCCUGGAAGCACAUACCUCAGAGGGCCUUAUCAAGGGACAUGCCUACAGCAUAACGAGGGUGAAAUAUGUCGACAUACAGACGCCACGCAGCUCAGGGAAGAUUCCCCUCGUCAGAGUACGUAAUCCGUGGGGAAAUGAAGCUGAAUGGAAUGGACCGUGGGGUGACAAGUCUCCUGAGUGGCGAUUCAUUCCAGAUGAGGAGAAGGAAGAGAUCGGCCUCACGUUUGAUGAUGAUGGCGAGUUUUGGAUGUCAUACAAAGACUUCCAGACGCACUUCUCGCGGCUUGAGAUCUGCAAUCUGAAUCCAGACUCGUUAUCUGAGGAGGAAAUGCUCGGAUCAGACAAGAGAAAGUGGGAAAUGAGCAUGUUUGAGGGCGAGUGGGUGCGAGGUGUCACAGCUGGAGGCUGCAGGAACUACCUUGAAACGUUCUGGCACAACCCACAGUAUCGAAUCACAUUGGAGGACCCAGACGAUGAGGAUGAAGACAACAAGUGCACUGUCAUCGUGGGGCUGAUGCAGAAGAACCAUCGGUCACAGCGCAGGAUGGGCAUGGAAUGCCUGACCAUUGGGUUUGCCAUGUACCAUCUGCAAGACCCAGAUAACCUCCCAAAACCGCUUGACCUCAAUUUCUUCAAGUACAACGCGUCUGUCGCACGGUCCCCGUCAUUUAUCAACCUACGCGAGGUCAGUUGUCGCUUCAAGUUGCCACCUGGUGUGUACUGUAUCGUUCCUUCCACAUUUGAGGCUAAUGAAGAGGGAGAGUUCAUUCUGCGGGUCUUCUCUGAACACACGAACAAUAUGGAGGAGAACGAUGAGGAGGUCGGUCUUGGAGCAGUUGACGAGAGAGUUUGUGACACACCUGAUGGAUCUCCGCAUGACAAGAGGCAUGUGGCGAACCAACCAGAACCAGAGGAAGAAAAGACACAAGACAAGGUGAAGGAGUUCUUCCAGAAGAUUGCAGGAGAAGACAUGGAGGUUGACUGGAUGGAGCUGAAGGAGAUCUUGGACUAUGCCAUGAGGAACGAGCUGCCCGGUAGGUCUAGUUCGCAGGACUCGGUCAUCACCAUGAUCCUUUCCGUCUUGUGUGGCGUGGUGUGUCGCGACACGCCUCUCGGCCAAGCAUUCGAAACGAAGAAUGAAGGCUUCUCAAAAGAUGUCUGUAGAAGCAUGGUCGCUAUGAUGGAUGUGGACCGAUCUGGCAAACUUGGCUUUGAAGAAUUUAAAGCCCUGUGGGUUGACAUUCGACACUGGAAGGCUGUAUUCAAACUGUAUGACAAAGAUGGCUCUGGCUGUCUCAGCGCCUUCGAGCUGCGUCAGGCCCUCAAUUCGGCCGGUUAUCGCCUUAACAACCAUGUCCUCAACAUACUUGCACAUCGCUACAGUACCAAGAAUGGCAUGAUCACAUUUGAUGACUACAUGAUGUGUGCUGUUAGGUUGAAAGCCAUGAUUGAUAUCUUCCAUGAGAGGGAUCCUGACAAUACCAACACGGCGACGUUCACACUGGAGGAGUGGGUGGAGAAAACGUUGUACUCCUAAGGCAUUGUGGUGGGCAUGCUGUGUUCUAUUAAUCACUAAUUCUACGCAGAAACACGAGAGUUUGAUUUUGAGAAGUAUAAAAUUUAUUCUGUAAGAUACGCAACGUUUUAAGCAAACACGAUUGAGUUUUAGCUGCCAAAAUAUCUACCUCUGAGGUAGUGACAUCCCAUAGUUUCAUGUGCUGGUAUAUUUGAACUACUUCUGAUAUUUUGUCAUCACCGCUAUAUGUUCUGUACCGACAACACAUCAGCGCAGUAGCUUCUGGCUGGUGGAGAUAAAUAAUAUCAUUGCUAUGGACUGAAGCUGAAAAACUCUUUUAUUGGGAUUUAUUACAUUUAUGGAAAUUGAAACAAAACAUAGAACUAUAAGUACAGUUAUUAAAAUAU